CCACACUUUUGGGUAGCGGACAGAUAGGAAUAGAAAGAUAGUAGACAGAAAUAAAUAAGUGCGUGUCUGUGUCUGGGUAUGUCUGAAGCCGCACUCCUUUCAUUUCAUUUCAUGUUGCGCAGUUGUGCAGCACAUGUCGGGUUAAAAGCCAGUUGCCGUGCGCAUGGCUGGGGGUGGCGGAGCGACGGCCGGGAACAGCUGGCCAGGAAAGAGUGUUUGCUGGGAGCUAAGUGGAACCAGAUGUUGGGUGGAAUCCUUUGGCAAGGCUGCCGGCUGCUUGGCGGGGGUCCAGGAAUUCAGCACGGGGGGUGCUUGCUUGCUGCAAGAGCGGGGAAGGAGCCAGAAGCGCACUUCUUGUUCCCAGGGAGUCCGAGAGGCCGCUUUGCGCGCCCAGCCAGAACUUGGGGGGAUUGUUUCGAAAGCACCCACGCCACCGGAAGAUUUGGCCAGAGGGGUGCCUGCGGGUGCCAAGCGCCUGGCAUCGCGGCGGUAGAACAAUGAAGCCCAUUUCAUGUCUCCUUCUGGCAACACUUCUGAGAGCUGCGGUUUCCCAAGAACCAGAGGAGCCCGACUCAUAUACGGAGUGCACUGACGGCUACCAAUGGGAUGCUGAAAGCCAGCAUUGCAAAGAUAUCAACGAAUGUGAGACCAUUCCCCACGCCUGCAAAGGAGAGAUGAAGUGCAUCAACCAUUACGGGGGGUACCUCUGCCUCCCUCGCUCAGCUUCGGUGAUCAAUGACGUGAACGCGGAAAGAGCGUCUCCCCCCAGCCCACCCCGACCCAGGCCUCCCAGGCCGCCUCAUGCCAUCCCCUUACAGAACACAUGCCCCCAGGGCUAUGAGCCAGACCGACAUGGUUCCUGCUUGGAUGUGGACGAGUGCGAAUACGAUUUGCACGACUGCCAGCCCAGCCAGCAGUGCAUCAACACGCCUGGCGGCUUUCACUGCCAAUGCCCAGAUGGCUAUCGGAAGAUUGGCACCGAGUGUGUGGAUAUUGAUGAAUGCCGCUAUCGCUACUGUCAGCACCGUUGUGUCAACUCUCCUGGUUCCUUCUCCUGCCAGUGUGAACCUGGUUUCCAACUGGCCAGCAACAACCGCUCCUGUGUGGAUGUGAACGAAUGUGAGAUGGGUGCCCCGUGCGAGCAGCGCUGCUUCAACACCUACGGCACCUUUAUUUGCCGCUGCAACCAGGGCUAUGAGCUGGAUCAUGAUGGCUUUACCUGUAAAGAUGUGGAUGAGUGCAGCUAUUCCACCUACUUGUGCCAAUACCAGUGCGUCAAUGAGCCUGGCCAUUUCUCUUGCGCUUGCCCUCAAGGAUACCAACAACUGAGCACCCGCCUCUGCCAAGACAUUAAUGAAUGUGAGACGGGGACUCACCAGUGCGCCGAAACCCAGAACUGCGUCAACUUCCAUGGGGAAUACCGCUGCGUGGAGAAGAACCGAUGUCAGGAACCGUACAUUCAAGUCUCCGAAAACCGCUGCCUCUGCCCAGCCACAAACCCUCUCUGCCGAGACAAGCCAUCGUCCAUCGUCCACCGAUAUAUGAGCAUCACAGCCGACCGGACGGUGCCUUCGGACAUUUUCCAGAUACAGGCUACCAGUGUCUAUCCCGGCGCAUACAACACAUUCCAGAUCCGCUCUGGCAAUGAGCAAGGAGAGUUUUACAUUCGGCAAAUCAACAACAUCAGCGCCAUGCUGGUCUUGGCCCGGCCGGUAACAGGACCCCGGGAGUUUGUCCUGGAUUUGGAGAUGGUCACUAUGAACACCCUGAUGAGCUACCGCUCCAGCUCCGUUUUGCGCCUCACCGUCUUCGUGGGAGCCUACUCCUUCUAGCCAAGCGGAAACCUCCCCUUUACCUGGCCAAGGAAGGGACAG